AUGUACAGUGUGGAAGAUCUCCUGAUCUCUCAUGGAUACAAACUGUCACGGAACAUGCCGGCACCACGCAAGGACAACCAUGAGCAACCUCAGCCUGAGAGAACGAGGACAAGAGCUGGUCAUGGCAUGUUGAACGGGUAUGAGAACGAUCCUGCAGCCUUUGCGCAGAGUAAGAAAGCCCUCAGAAAAGGAUGUGUGAGCGACUCCGAGAGCCGCCGAGGCACCCCGCGAAGCCACGGGGAGCCCCCAAGUUCGGCUUUCAGAACUUCGGAGGUGGGGUUUUAUAAUCAGCCACCAUUGGCAUGGUCCUCUCAGCCACACACAGGGAAUGACCAAGCCUGUUGGAGAAGAAAGGGACAGGAGUCCAGUGGCUUGUCAUAUCCGAGGGACCGAGAAGACCUGGAGGUCAGAAGACUGGCCCAAGCCCACAGUCGUCCUGGGCACUGGAGGGAAGGCCCAUGGGAAGUCAGUGCAAGGACAGAGAACGUGACCAAGAAGGCAGCUGUGGAAGAUGAGCUGAGGAUGCCAGGCACUGCCAAGUGGCAGCAUGUAAGCCUGGAGAACUGGAGCCAGCCCAGAAAGCUGGGGAGGCAGAUGUCCGAUGGUGGCGGGGAGAAGUUGUUUCAGGACCCGUACUCGCUUGUGCCAGGAGAGCACGCGCUGAAUCCUCAGAACAAAGGGAAAUCCCAGUCGUUACCCAGAGUCCUGUUCCCCGAGAGCCUGAGUUGCAUGGAAAUGCCUGUUUCACUAAAUGACGGACACUUGCCAGGUGUCCCUAAGAUGCCACUUUACCCUCCAAAUUGCACACCAAACCUGGAGUCCACAAGGAGCACUGAGAAGGGGGGCUUGACACCCCCUUUCCCACAGCCCAAGUUUGGGAGACCCUUGAAGCCUCCAUCCUACGAGACACACCAGCAGUCCAGGGGAGGGGUGGACGGCUGUGAACACCAGGACAGCCACCCUGCCGAUGACCCGUAUGCCUCCUACUGGACCAAACCUGGUGACCCCCAGCAGGAGCACUGUGGGUCCGACUCUAGCCUGGAGCCCCCAGUCUAUGUACCUCCGCCAUCAUACCACUCGUCCUCCCCACACAUCACAAACCCCUACCUGGAAGACACAUCCAGAGCUGCAUGUGGGAGUCGCAGCCAGCAGCACCCCCAAGCUGAGAAGGCCAGCACCAGCUGCCAGGGUUCUGCUACGUCCCUGGGGACCGGGGAUCGACUCCGUGUGAGCCCAGGCUCUCCUCGUGGACUCCCCCAGGACUCCUGCCCCUCCCCUACUCGUGACAGCUCCGUCCAGUACAUCCCCUUUGAUGACCCGCACAUACGACACAUUAAGCUAACACACCCCCAAGGUUACUUCAAGGACCCCAAGCUGUAUGAUAGACCAUACAGCACUGCUGCUCCCCACGAGCCAGCUCCCAGGAAAAUGGAGCCAGGGAGUGCCUUUUUGAGCACAACAGCUGUGGCCCCUGCCAUUUCUGACCCCAAUCCCAGAUGGUUGCCCAGCCAUCCUCUCAGGGAAGGUGACCCCUGGGGCUCUGCUGACCAAAGAGACAGCCACGCAGAGAGAGGACAGCGACUUAGCACAAAAGGUGCCCAGCGUGGACAGUCAGUCGGCCCCACUCCUUCCCCAAACCCACCAGCCCAGGGUACCUGUGAAACCAUCACCCAGCUCAAACAGUUUGAAACUGGGCUCCUGACCAAGAAAAGUUCAAAGAAAAAAAAGAGCGGGACUGUGUUUUGCUUGGUUUCCAUCCCAGUAAAACCUGAACCCCAUCUGCCAGAGCUUGAUAGGAACAACAAUGACUUAAAGCAGGGCGCUGAUAAAAAGAGCGGGCUUGAUAAGAGCCCUGAGCUGCAAGAACAAAGUCUCCUGAGCACGUCUUCCACCGACCUGGAGCUGCAGGCCCUCACAGGAAGCAUGGCCUGCGGAGCACAGCCAGGAAAACAAGAGCUGGGGGAAGCCAGAGACAAACAAACAAAUGACCUAAGAUGCAGUCCCCCUGUGAGACACAGAGGGCUCAAGGGUUCUGGCCCAUGGCCAGGGUACCAGCUCAGAGACCAGCAAACGCAAACAAGUUUCAACGAAGAAGCCAAGAGCUCAGAGCUCCCCAGUGGCGUGAAGCCAGGAGGCCCAGAGAACCCAGUGCUGACUCCAGGCUAUUACAGCUCUACUGCCUCUGACCAGCCGACGCAUACAGCACCAGCUCCCGUGGACCAAAGGCAGAGGCCAAGUGCGCAUCACUUAAAAGGCCAGAUGUACCUCAACCUCUCAAGCAAUAGUGCUUUCUCCAGGACACCCUCAGGCGUCAGUCAGGCCCCCGAGUCCAAAGCGCACCCACCACAGCCCCACCUGGGUGGCCUGGGACACGCAGCCAACCCUGCUCCCAAGGACGAGGUGGUAAAGGGGGAGCCAACCAGCCCGUGCAACACCCAGCAGUUAUUUGGCCAGUUUCUUUUGAAACCAGUGGGCCGUCGUCCCUGGGACUUAAUAAGCCAGUUGGAAAAUUUUAACAAAGAGCUUCAAGAGCAGAAAGACAGUAGUGGUAGUGGCAGUGAAGGCAGUAGUGAGGAGAGAGAAGGUGAGGAACAGGAUGACAGUACUGACUCCAGGUGGAAGGGAGCCGGCUUCGGCAGCUCCAGCCUGGUGGUGACAGGCGAGCAGCAGCCGACGAUGCCAGUGCUGGAGGAGCCUGGGUUUAGGUCAGGAGGAGUGAAUAGUAAGUCUGAGAACUGGAGUGAGGAGCAGAAGGCUGGCCCCCUGCCCCUGGGGUUCCAGCAGGCUGAAGACAGCAGAGGGGACCCGUUCAGGUUGGCAGAUGGAAACUGGAUCACAGAGAAGAGAAACCAGGAGGUUGGCACCAGGCAAAGCAAGCUAGCAGUCAGCCUAGGCCCUGUGAAAAGAAGGACAGCAUUUAAAUUAAGUGACACAAAGCCAGCUGCCCCGUUCUCCCCAUCCGAACUGAGGGAGCCGUGGGAAAGGCAGAUAUUCACGGAGGAUGCCCCUUCUGUGAAACCGAGGGAAGGGGCUGCACCAGAGGCAGAGAGUGGGGACAAUGAGGACAUGGGGUUUCUGCUCUCUCUUGCUAACAAAAACCGAGGACUCUCAGCUCCAGACUUACGGUCCAUGGGGCUCCCUACGAGACCAGAGCAGGGUACCAAUGAGAUAGAUGGCAUUUUAGAGAAAGUGAGUGCUUUAGAAAUCCCCCCAAAUGAGUCCCUGCAAGAAAGGGCUGAACGGAUCCUGGGCAUUGAGGUGGCAGUGGAGUCCCUCCUACAGGCCAACAAGAGAGCUGGACACAAUCCCCGCCCCGAAUCUGGUGAAAGUGCCUUCAGGACGGAGUCGCCCAGGGAAGAACCACUGACCAGCACAGUCCAACGAGAUGGCCCUGCUGUGACGAAAGAUGCCUUUUAUGGCCGGAGGAAGUGUGGCUGGACAGAAAGCCCUCUCUUUGUUGGAGAGAGAGACAUCACUAGAAGGACUCCCUGUGACUCUGCCCACUCAGGUAUGGACGGGGAUAGUACCAAUGACACCUCCAGGCCUGAGCCCCCGUCCAGCCCCCAGGUUCCCAGAUGCAUGGAUCAUAGGGACUUGGAGACCAAACCAGCCUUCAGGUCCACUUUGUUCCAUUUUGUUGAAAGGAUCCCAGGCCCAGAAAAGAGGGGCAGAAGCACCUCCAACGUGAUUGAAAGUUUACAAGAGAAAUUGGCCUCCCCACCACAGAGAGCAGACUCUGACAGACUGAUGAGAAUGAGAGAGGUGAGCUCUGUGUCCCGGAUGAGGCUCCUAAUAAGUUCUAGGAGCAGUGAGUCCACAGAGGAGAUGGAGGACCCCAAGGUGGAGAGGGGCCAGGGGGAGCAGUCCAGAAGCCACGUUUCUCUGAAUGGUGGGGACCUGCCUCACAGAGUGGCCUCCCUCCCCAAGAACAUCACCAUGCUGGAAGACAGUGGGCAUCUGGCAGUGCAGGGUGCAUGGAGGAAAGGUGACCAGGACUUCUUUUGCCCAGAUUCAUAUGAUCCUAGCAGAGUGGAAAGGGUUUGA